AUGGUUUCCUCUAGAGCCUUGCGACUGUUCCAGAAUGGACUGAAUGUCAAAUCAUCUCCAGCAUGUCUUCGAUAUAUAUGCCCAAGGAAGUCGAACCAUGCGACGUUUAUUCUAACCCGUUCAUGUGCGUCGUGCGAGAGUCCAUCAAUAGUCUCAAAUGUCUCAACUGUCGCGAAAGCUACCACAGCAACCCUUUCAACUCCGGCAGCUGAUCAUCGUCAGCUUGGAAUCGAACAAGAACUAUUUACUACUUCCCCUUAUAGUCCCGGCUCACCUCUUUUUCUUCCCAAGGGCGCACGCAUGUUUAAAGCAUUGACCGAGUUUCUCAGUGCCCAAUACUCACAUUUUGGUUUCGAGGAAGUCAUAACACCUACAAUAUACAAGAAAUCCCUAUGGGAAAAGUCGGGACAUUGGGAGAAUUAUGCCGAAGACAUGUAUUCAGUGGUUGGUCGUGGUGCAUCUGGAGAAACAAUUGGGGGUCAAAAAGGGGAGAAUGAAGAAUAUGGUUUGAAGCCAAUGAAUUGCCCGGGUCAUUGUUUGAUAUUCGCAUCAAAGCAGCGAAGCUACCGUGAGAUGCCUAUAAGAUAUACUGAUUUCAGUCCAUUGCACAGGAACGAAAUAUCCGGCGCGCUGAGCGGUUUGACCAGGGUGCGAAGAUUCCACCAGGAUGAUGGGCACAUCUUUUGUCGACCGUCACAAAUUAGGAAAGAGAUCUCUGGUACAUUGGAGUUCGUUAAAAUGGUGUAUACGACGUUGGGGCUUGGCCCAUAUCGAUUAGCAUUGUCUACUCGACCGAGCGAUCAUUACAUUGGAACAAAGGAAGAAUGGGACAAUGCUGAGACAGCUUUGAAGCAAUCAUUGGAUGAAAGUGGACAACCAUGGACCAUGAAUGAAGGGGAUGGCGCUUUUUAUGGACCAAAAAUCGAUGUAAUUUUGAAAGAUUCGGAUGGAAAAGAACAUCAAACUGCAACAAUUCAACUCGACUUCCAGUUGCCAAAACGUUUUGAAUUAGAGUAUCAAGCUCCUGCGCCAGAAAUUGAGGCAAAGGGAGAAACGACAGAUGACCCUAUAUUGUUGGCUAAACAAGGACCGGUGGCGCCAGUUCUAAUUCACAGAGCUAUUCUCGGGUCUGUCGAAAGAAUGAUGGCUCUCUUGAUAGAACAUUAUAAUGGUCACUGGCCAUUUUGGUUAAACCCCUCCAAAGUCAUCAUCCUCACGGUGAAUGAUUCGGAAGAAGUAGUGAGUUACGCGAAUAGAGUCAAAAUGCAACUGGGACAGGGAGCGUAUCAUGAUUCAUGGCCAAAAUCACAGCAUUCUAUCGAGGUUCCUAUCGAGCUAGAUGAUAGUCCCCGAUCAGUCAAGAAGAAGAUUUCUGAAGCAAAGCGAAAACGUUACGGUGCGAUAAUUGUUAUAGGCAACAAGAAUAUCGAGAACAAUACUGUCACAGUCGACCUAUCAGGUAUUCCAAGAGGUGAGUACCUUGGUCCAUCUAGGGAUAUUCGAAAGAUCUUAAGUGAAGAUAUUAUAUCGGAUGAUGGCAAAUCAUGGGAAGAGAAGUUGAAGACAUUGAAUAUGGCUCCUACAAGAUUAAGGAGCGUGUUUUCAUCGCUCCUUCAUCGCUAUAUAUAG